GUGGGAGCGCGCCUCAGAACUCAACAGCUGCACAGUGAGGACUCGCCAAGUCGAACAAAUAUGAUUCACAGUCGAACAAUUGAAUAGGUGAGCUGUCCUCCAGCAGAGCAACUCAACGCUGCCGUGUGUGUCUGUGUGUGUAUGUGUGUGUGAAAUGAAGAAGCAGCUCACUCAAACAACCUCGCUGAACACUGAAUUCAGUCGCUGUCAGUGUCAUUAUUAAUCCGGAAAUAUCUCACUUGGUAGGUAUUGUUUGGUGAGUUUCUACAGUUGAGAGUCGAGACAACAGAAAGUGUAGUUUUCUCUAACGUUGGUUUUGGGGGGUGUUCACGUUUUAACCCACAAAGUUUGAGACUUUUUCAACGUAUUCCGGGGAGCUAACUUUGAGAGUGGCGUUAAACUUUGAUAACUCGUGUGAUAAAAAGCCGAUUUAAACCGAUAUGUUGUUGUUAUAUACGGAUAAGUUUGGUAUCGGAACGUGCUCCGCUUCGGUGUAACUGAAAUCGGAUCAUUUGAAGUGACUCGGUGAUUCAUUUUGAUUUGUAUCCUCUGAGAAAGAAAGAGAAAAAAAGAAACCACCUCCUCGUGUUCUGCUUAUUAUGCAUACACAGAGAUGUAAUAGCCUCUAAGUUCGACUUUUUUACGCAUUGAGUCGUUUCAUUUAACGUCGUGUACCUCUAACUGUUAACUUAAGUGCAUCCUUAGCGAACGUUGAUGGUUUUAAUGAGGGCUGUUGUGGUUAGUUGAAUAACAAGGUGGCUAAUGGUAACGCUGCCUCACACAAAGCAGGCAUGUGCUUUAAAGAAAAACACACACUGGCUCCUCAUUACCGACAGAUGUACUGGCUCACCUGGCCUGAGUUAGGACUACUUCCAGGCAAAGUAAUUAUAUAAAACUAACGAUAAAUCACAAUUAGGCCACCUUGUUUGACAUAUUAACUUAUACUAUUGAGGAACUAAAGCAUUGAAGUUCCCCUUAAUUGUUUAGGCUAGUUGUAGCAUUUAAUAAAAACCCUUUAACUGUUAUUAUACUUUAUAUUUUUUUGCCUUUAAUGCAGUGCCACAAUAUUCACUUGCAUAUGAACAUGAUAACAUCAUAACAUGAAUUAAUUUAUGAUGCAUGACUAUAUCUAAUGCCCUCAAGAUAAAGCGCAGGAUUAAUAUCAGUAGUGCCACAACAAGGAGUCAUAAAGUAGUGACAUGGUGAGUCAGAUUGAGCUAAUUUUAAAUUAAGGUUGUGUCAGUCAAGUCAGGAUGAUAAUCUGUCAAAUCAUAAUUUCUAGAUAAUUAAAUAUUGAAUAAUGACUCAGAGCUCAGUGUCAUACUCUAGACACUGUCAUGUUAAAGGAUGGAGCAUGUUUGGUAGAAAUAGAAUAUAAUAUUUAUUUGUAUGUUUAAACUGUAAUAUCAUUUUCGCUGAAUGAUAACUUAAGGCAGCCAUCUUGCACCGCCAUGUUCUAUGGUAGCACAGAGCAGACAAACUAGUCACAUAUGUUUUUUUUUUUAUGCAGCAGUGGUUGGAAAAAGUAGAGCAUUUAAAAAAAAAAGUAUGUUUAUAGAUAUUUUUGACAAAUUAUAUGUCAUAAUUGAGCAUUAUCGAGGCUACUCGACCUUAAAGACCACCAUCAUUUAAGUAGAGGUGGGGUGAGCAAGGGGGUUUAUGUCAUUAGUAGAACCGCUCAGAGUAAUAUCCUUUGUCAAUUAGUUAAUGUUUGAGUGCACUUUCUAUUUCUAUUUCUGUUGCAUUUCACUCUGCAACACUUAAAACACAAAAACAGGUAUGUGACUAACUUGCUUGUGAUGUGCCUCUGCAGAAACACAGCGGUGAAAUAUGGCAGGAUGCAUGAAAGAUGGCUCACUCCUCAUGUAAAAGUAGAAAAGACUCAUUUUAAGUUCCAAAAAUAGCUUUUAUAGUCAGGUGAUUAAACCCUGAUUCAGAUUAUGUUUCAUUUCUGCUAAAACUGUUCUGCAUAAUUUCACCUGAACCCACACAGAGUACGUCUCAGAGCCAAACCUGAAACUGUAAACAUUACAAUGAUCCACGAUCGAGCGGCUUAAACUUGUCACAGUAUCCACUUUUAUUUGGGCUAUGGCUAAUUUAACAAAGCUCAAUAUCUAAUAGGGUGCCUCACCUUAAAUGUCAUCGUAUAGUUAAAGAGAAUAAGAGUGAUAACCUGGAAAAUGAUUAACAACUUAUAGCAACAGUUUCCUUUUUAUCAACACUUACAUGAACUCACCUGGAAUACCCUUGAGUGCUCACAGGAAGAGUUAAAGUAUCAAGAUAAUAUUCGACUUUAAAGUAGCUGUAGUAUUAAAGCGAAUCAGUGUAAUUCACAAAGGACAAUGAGAGGAACAGGCAGCACCAAGCAGCUGCCAUGAGGAACAGAUCAAGAUAUAUUUUUAUAAAGUUGAUUCAUUGGAAACUGACGUAUAACUCCCAGACGGAGUUUCCCUUUUAGUGCCUCAUAUAAUCCAGAAAUACAGAAUACAAUACAGGCACUUUAAGAUAAACUCAAACAGACAUAAUAAUCCCGUAUCAGGCGUCUGUAUGUCUUCCUGUCGUCACUGUCUUCACCUGCGUUAACGUUAGCCCUGAGCUUUUGAACUUGCUGGUCCAGUCGCUCCACUUCUGUGCCAAUCAUACUCACUUUCUCUCUUUUAUAUAAGCAGUCCAUUAUCACGAGCUGAAAGAGGUACUAUGCGAAAAAACCACAAGGAGGUACUGCCCCGUGUUCACAAAACAAAAAGGAAAAGCAGCAGUUUACAUGUGGGGCUGACUUCAUGAAUGUAGUAUGUGUGAGUCAAGAUGAGAGCUGAGAAAUGAGGACCACUGAAUCAGAGUUUUCAGACAAGAUGAGACAAGAUUAAAAGUUUUGGAUCACUUUUCACAAAAUAGUUGAAUUACAGGAAGUAAAUGCAGCAUAUUCCUCUUUAUGUAUGUUCACUUUAAGGGCGUUUUGACACUUUUACGUAACUGCAUGUUCCUUUUUUUCAUUUUCUGAUAGCUUCAGCUCCUUUUUUAAUCCUUAACUUCUAAAAAGUUCAGAAAAGUUUUAAAGUUUUUUAUCCAUAUAACAUGUAGGUGUGCACACUUAAAAGGACUAAAGAUCACGCUUGAGCUGUUUUAAAUGUUUUAUCAGUGGUCAGAGGAAAUGACUCGUCUGUUCAGUUGAUUACUAAAAAGAUACGUUUCCUGUUUCGGUGUGAGUGAAGAAAAUUCUCUCUGUGUGGUUUUAUUUUUUAACUGAUUUGUUCCCAAACUAGGUGACUUCUACCUGAUCCUGUUUUAAUGUUUAAAUCCCACUUUUUCUUUCACCCUCUGUCUCCAGAUUCCCAACAUUCAGGAGCGUCGUUUUCCCACCCUCAGAGGACAAUGCCGACUCACUCUGUGCUGCCGUUUGUGGAGAGCCCUGACGGCCUUGCCCAAGAUAUUCUUAUUAGUAACAAUGCAAGCAUCCCUGGGCCCGGCUCCAGCAUGACGCCACACACCACCUUCUCUGAAAAAGCCAUGUUGCAAUCAGGAGGAAACGCAGCGGUAUCCUGUAUGUUCUGUGAGCAGACUUUCAACCAGCAGGACGAGCUGGGACCCCACCUUCUAACACAACACCCCACUACUUUCUCCGAACCAGCUGUGCUUCGAGUCGAGGCCGAGUUCAGGAUCCCGGGAGAGAGACCCAGGCCCAAAACCAGCAGCCUCCCUGCUGAAAAAGAGGAGGUUCACAGCUGUAUCGUGUGCGGUCAGGUUUCACAAGAUGCCAGUGAGCUGGAGACCCACAUGAGGAAGCACAAGGACUACUUUACGUACUGCUGCAACGUGUGUGGGCGGAGGUUUAGAGAGCCGUGGUUCCUUAAGAAUCACAUGAAGAUGCACAUAAGACCAGGAGUGAAAAGCAAGGCCCAGCUGGACCUGGAGAGCCCCUACGAGAUCAACGGCGUCAUCCAGGAACCUCCACCAGAACCUGUCGUCACCAUUUACAAAAUGUGCAUGGUUUGUGGGUUUUUCUUCCCUGACCAUGAGAGUUUAGUCGAACACAGUAAAGUUCACAACCGAGAGGUAGAGCCAGGUAAAGAGAAUAAUAAAGAUGACACUACUGAAAGCUCGCAAAAACAGGAAACGUUUCUCAGCAGUCUAGGACUCAGGCCUGACCCCACAGGAAAGGGUUUGCAACACGUGAGAUCGUCAAAAUGGAUCCCCCAGCUGGAUCCCUUCAACACGUAUCAGGCCUGGCAACUGGCAACAAAAGGCAAGAUAGCAGUGGGUCCCAAUACGAUUAAAGAUCUGGGUCAGGAAGCAAGCACAGACAACGAGGAAUGCGGCUCUGAUAAGGAGGAGCUGAACAAUAUUUGGACAGAAGGAGACAAAGCUACAAAAGAGGGGCUCGGGAGAGAGCUCCGGUCUCAGACCCAUGCCCCUGCAGAAAACCCCCAACCCCAGAGGAGGUCCCUGAUGCAUAAAGAUAAAGAGAGGCCGACGACUUGUGAGGAAUGUCAGAGGACCUUCAGGACCUACCACCAGCUAGUCCUCCACUCCAGGGUCCACAAACGUGAGAGGGGAGGAGAAGAGAGUCCGACUUCCUCAGUGGAGGGGAAGCUCUCGAGGGUGAACUCUCUGGAGAACACAGAGGAGGGGUCUGAGGAGGGCUUCGAGGAGGCCGCACUGACAGAAAACCUGAGUCCAGGUAAAUCUAACCCUCUUUGUGAUCCACAGAGACUGUUUAGGAUUGUUCGAUGCAAAGAAUUUAGCAACCAAGUGCUCCCUCUGCUGACGAGAUCACAUAACAAACAUUUUAAUUAAAAGGAAAACUUGAGGUUACUCUUGUAAACUAUUCAGAGCCUUUAAAUGUGUAUUUUUCUUCUUCUUUUUUUUGAAGGUGAAGAUGGUUUUGAUCGAUCCAAAGUCAGAUCAAAAGCUUGCAGCUACUGCGGCAAAUCAUUCCGAUCAAGCUAUUACCUCACAGUUCACCUGAGGACCCAUACAGGUAAACACAACUCAGCAGAUUUCACCUUUUGGAUCAGACAGUAAGAAAAAGUCCUGGGACCCAAAACUGUCAGAUCUUGAACUUUAACUUUUGGCUCAUUUUCUCUAUUUGUAUUUUUUGCAUUUCAGGUGAAAAACCGUUCAAGUGUGCUUACUGCGACUACGCCGCUGCUCAGAAGACGUCACUCAAAUAUCACUUGGAUCGGCGGCACAAAGACAAACCGUACAUGGGAAUUCCCAGCAGGCCCGUGCAUCAUUCAUUACCCUCUUCAAAUGACAGAAAACACAGGAUCGACAAUGAAACCCCAGCUCCAAACAGAUCCAAACUCUGGGUUCCUGCAGCCAGACCGAGCCCCAGCGGAACACCAGAGGACCGAUUUGACAGCAAGAUGAGCAAACCGCUCAUCCAGAUGAACGCCAAGUAUGAGAAAUUAAUCGCUAAGACUGCUUACUCUCCGAUUGAUGAUGUGGUCGUAAAGUGUCCCGUACCUGUUAACCUGAAGAUGGAGAGGGAGGAGAUAAAAGACGAGAACUCAGAGGCCCCAUUAAAUCUGUCCUUAAAAGUCUCGCUCUCCAUCUCUGCCGGUGCAGAACCAAGAAACGCAUUAAUUCCAAUCGCCUGUUCGUUUUGUGCGUAUAAAACCAUGUACCCGGAGGUUCUGAUCAUGCACAAAAAGCUGACGCACAAAGACAAGUCCGACGGCGCCAAAAAGGCCGGGUUUGGGGGAAACGUGAAGCAGAAGCGGUACACAGGCUGCCCUCCUGCUCUCGAGGGAAAAGAUGUCACCCCGCUUCCCAUCAUCGACCGCCGCCACCCUCGCCGAACAAAAUCCCCGCCUCCCCAACCUGCAAAACCACAAGAGAAGACGCCCAUCAACGGUCCCAAGCGGUCCCCUAUCCAUGCUCCCUCACAUGACGUCGCCCAGGAAACCCAGCGUCCCAGACCUGAUCCACAUCCCAGCCAGGAGUCCUCCAGGUUUACAGAACUCGUGAGGAAACCAAACACAGGCGCCAAACAAGUCCCGGACCGCCCCCCACCGCCAGACAGAGUGGGAAUCGGUGAGAGGAGUUACCCGGUGAGAAGCGGCGUCAUUUGGCACUCAGACCCCGCAAGGCUCUGCCUCUCCAGCCGGUUUGGGAGCCUCCCACAGAUGGAUUUCGGAGAACCUUCCAACAAGAGGUUAAAGUACGUGGCGCCAGCUGAGACCGGAGAGAAGCCGGUCUUCAGAGGAGCAGCACCUGAAGGAUCCAGCAGGCUGCUCAUCUCAGGGAGGAGUGUGAAAACUGCUCCACAGGGACCCAGUCCACCUACGGUCUCGGACGCUAUGGUGUCUUUGAAAACAACUCCUCCAGUUAUGGGAGGGGGUCUGGACUCCGACUGGAGCAUGAUGAACCUCCUGCGCUCCUACACCCCCAACGACCUGGCUUCUCUCUAUCACAGCACACCUGCUAACCCCAACCACGGAGGCCUGAGCAACCCCAGAGCAGGUACGUUUUAGGUCACACGGGAGAUUUCAGGUCACUGUAAACCUGCAUGUGUAGAGUUAACAUUCCAGAUUCUUCCUCAGGGGGCAGAACUGUGCUGUACCAACACUUACCCACUCUGCCCAACCUGCAGAGGAGAGACCCCGCAGGCCCCUUCCCUCACCAGCGCUAUGGGACCACUGACAAAACUACCUAAAGUGGCAACAAGGUAAAACGGGGAACAAUCCAAAGUAUUAACACCCGGGGAUUUCUCGUUUUCCCCCUGAACCUGAAUCGUCACAAAUCUCUGAUAUUUGGCAAAAAGUAUUUCUUUCCGCUCUUUAGAUUCGAACUGUGCUGCUACCUUAUUUUUGAGAACUUCAUGGAAAUUAAUUGAUUAUACACACUUAUCGAUUAUUAAAGAGUUGGACUUUAAUCAGUUUUCAUUCAAGGAACAUCGGGCUGCGUAAACAUUUCAGGGCUGAGGCCUUUGGUUUGAUAUUUUUCCUUUUUUUGGAUAAAAGGUGCAGAUAAACACUCCUAAAGAUGACUUUUUUCACCGGUGUGCACUGUGAUUUAUUUUUCUCUUCUUUUCAACUGUCGCUGAAUCCAUAAUCGACCCCUUGUCCGACAUGACGUUUGGGUUUACAGAAAUAUACCUGUGAGUUUUCAGUCCGUAAAGGUGUAUUGAAUAAAAGUAUAAAAUCUAAUUUGUGUAAAAGGAGGCCUUUAAAGCUCGUCUUAUUUUAUUUCUCUUCUCCAAGGCACUGAAGGGUGUGUGUGUGUGCGGGAUUAUUUUCUGUCGAUUAACUUGAAACGAGUCCUGUCUACGUUGAAGGGGUCUACCUCAUGUUGUGCUCUCGACACUGUUAUUUUUUGUAAAGCUGCUGUAGCUGCGCUCGCCGAGACACAUGGUUUGAGUUGGAGCGCAACUAGACGGACAUGUGUUUGUCAGGCACCACAUAAAACACACAUCUGGUGACAGAACGACUACUGCUGGGGCUGAAUCAACAUGCGGCUCGUGAUUUACUGUUACACAAUUUCUCUGAUACGCUCGGUAUUUACGAGCCCGGUUUCAAACACAGAACACGUUUUCGAGGUUAUUACUCGACUAAUGUUUAUGGGUGGUGCCUCAGAUCCAUAAGCUGCACAGUGUUCAGUUUGUGUAUUAAAUUCUCAUGGCUGUGUUAUCCAGGAGUUCGGGAAAGUUAUUUAGUUUCAUCAAAAACGCGACAGCAAAAGCAGCUUUGUUUAAACGUGGCUUGAUUGAUCCUACACUGUGAACAGAGUCUCAGGUGAACUCGCAUUUACAAGCUGUUCAGUCUUUUUUUUUUGUAAUGGAGUAUAUUUGUAUUUUCCACUUUGAAAGCCUUGGGUUAAAUUAUUUUUGUUGUUGUUUGGUAUUCACAUUACAUGUGUACUUAUGUAAAAAUAAAAAUAUUGUUUGAGAAUUGUACGACACAUUUCAAUAAUAAAGUUAGAGGCGAACAACUCUGUGCUGUCUUUACUUUAUUUGCUUUAUAACCUGUUUUUGUCUCGUCAAACAGUCGUCACAGACAGUCUGUUAACGCAGGUCUGUCGGGGCAUUUAGUCUCAACUUAAGGGUAACACCUUCAGCGAAUUAAAACCGGUGAUUUAACUGUUUUCAUAACAUCUGGAGGGAUGCAGGGACAACACUUUUGCUGAUGCUCACGCCUCUGCUCCUCAUUUGAAAAACAAUAUUAUGUGCAUAUAUUAUAAAGUGCUGAGACCAAGAGAGAGACCAAGGUUCAAAGUGAGACCCAGAAGCCCGCUUUCUUUCUUUAACACGGUCCGAGGGGACGCCGCGCAAUGACCAAUUUAAUUGCAGAUAGCAGACGAGUGUGGAUUUGGAUCCCUGAAGCAUAGAUUAGGAUUUGGAAAAUUCUGCAGUUUGCAGCUUCUAAAAGUAAAAAAUCUAUAAACAUUUCAGAUUCAGAUUGCAGGUGGAUUUUAAAGGAAAUGGGCGCAUCAUUCUGUUCUGUUAAAGCUGAUACUACAACAAUAUCAUACUGUAUACCCUUGUGUUGAUCCUGAGUAUAAGACAAACACUCUUUAAAAGUCCCCAACAAACUCAAAAACCAAUCACAGUCCUUGAUUUUUGGGGUGGCCAAUGAGAUUUGUGGGCCCGUGCCACCCCUUGCAACCUCUCUAGACACGGCCCUGGAUUAAUCACCAAUCUUUAUGUGAAUACUGACACUGUAUGUGGAUGACGACGACCAAGCAAGUGAUAUACUGUUCUAGUAGUAAGGAUCACUAAUUAUAAGCAUUUUAUGAUUUAUGAAUUCCACAGCUUUUGGCUCAUUUCAAGAAUUUUAAGAAAAUGGUUCUACAUGAUGAGAAAAAUACUUGAAAUGCCUGGUAAAUAGGAUUAUGUCAAGAUAGUGACACUUGAAUUUACUUAAGAAAAGAAGUCUCAUAUUUUUCAUUUGUAUAAAGAAAAAUGCACCUAUUAUUAGUGAGAAUACACAAAUUUUAAGGUAUAUCUGGAUUCAUUGAGGUUGGAUGUUUCUACUUGUUUUGGAAAGUCUUGACAAGCCAAAUUUUCUUAUUUUCUUGCAAAUAAUUUUGCUUAGUUAAAGUACUAUUCUCCUAAUUUUUGUGUUUUGUUUUUUUCUUGUCAUUGCCAGCCAAUGGGCACAGGUGAGACAGGUACCUGGUUCAGAUCUGCUUGGUCACAAAUCUUACCAGAACUCUCUAGAAAGAAAGAGACAGAAAAAUUAAAUAUUCUGUUUUUCAAUUUAAAGAUAUAAUAAUGUUUAAAAUGUGCAUUUGACUUGAGUAAUUUCAUGUCAAUGACUCAGUUUGGCCACAAGAGGGCAGUAUGUACAAAGUCUAGAUUGCAGCCUCCUCAGAUCUAGUGUUCAAAGCUCUGUAUCCUCAGUAAGGCCAUGUAGUACAGUUAGUUAUAAUAAAGCUGUACACAGAUGCAGUACAUGGUGAGAAAAUGAAGGUGUGUUACAGAAUAAAUACACAAAGAUACAAACAAUUUUGUGUACCGUGUGAAGUUCACCUCAUCACACUGGCCUAAAAAAGGCUUAUUCAGCUCUAUUUCUAAUAUUUAUGGUGGAGUGUUAAGUGCACUUAUGACCACACCCUGACUGUGAACGCAGUACAGGUGAUACCCGUCUCCAGCUGUCAAACACACCUGGUGCGACAUCAGUGAAAGCAGUGAUGAGGGUUCGAACAGCAUUACAGCCGCAUUUCUCCCUCUCUUUGUUUUCUUUUCCCGAGGACUGAGUCCUUAAAAAGCUUCCUGAGAGAAGUUCACUAACUGCGUCUACAUCUGUGAGACAUGAGCGCGCUAUUGUCUCUAAACAGAGAUGGCUGACAAAACCCAUCAUGGCAGAGCGCUCUGCAAACAACAAAUUGCGAGGGACAAUCUUCAGUGCAUUGAACACUUUAAACUUUGUUGUUUUUUUUCCAGCCCCUCCUC